AGUCACGGUGGUACAGCGGGCGCGGACGCUCGGCUGCUCGCGCGCAUCACGUAUACGUGUAAAUCAGUUCAGUCCAAUCACUGCCUGUGAAUAAUGCCUUAAACGCACGUGCACCUCGCCCACACACGACGCGACGCGUGCGCACUAAACUGAGUGACAUCAAAGUUUACCAAAACAUAACAAAAUAAUUCAAAUCUCUAAUUCAGAUCACUACUUAAAAACAAACCAUCAAAUGAUAAAUACUAAACAGAGCGAAAAAUCAUGAGUUAAUUGGUCGCUUUGAAAAGCUGCAACCUUGUUUGAUGUAUUGUUUGAAAUAAGUGAAGUUUAAAAUUUAAACUCUGAUUGCUGUGCGAACAUUCAACUGAUGGUCUUUAGAGAAGAUUAAUCGAUCAAUCAAUCUGCCGACUGCAUAGGCGCUAGCCGUCCUUGCCCCAGUACGGUGCCAGAUACGAGACGCAUUUAGACUGCCUAUCCGGCUUCUGCUCCCACAAACUUUCUUUGUCACCAAUCACUCAACAACAACCCUUGCUGUGCCUAAAUUAAGAUUCCAAAUCGAUGCGCUGAUAAAUCUGUCGCCUGUGAUCCCGGCAAAACUUUCACGUAGCAAAUUUAGAGGAUUACCAACCUUAACUUUAAGAUAUAAGAGUAACAGAGAACAGCAACAUAAAAUUGUAGAUUUGUAAACAUUGGAACGCGGAGCUGAUUGGUCUACAUUAAGUCUUGCUCCUCCACUGACUUUAAAAGGUUGCAGCUUUAUCAAAACCAUGUUCCCCAGAUAAAUUAAACGAACGAGGGUGAUACUCACUAAUCACUUUUUUAAUUAUAAAACUGAGUGUUUUGAGAUUAAACGACAGGACAAAAAGUGAACUAUAGUAAAAGUGCAGUGAGUAGACACAAUCACGAGAUAUACAUCACGAUAAAUAAAAACAAAUAAAUAAAAACAAACUAAUCAAAAACAUAAAAAAUGGACACGGAACACUAUACAGAUUUCAUGUCAAAGGAAGCCAUAGAGUUUGGCGAGUGGGUGAGCAGGGUCGCGGUACCGCGGCUGCUGCGCACGCGCAACGAACCCAGCCGACGCCGAAACUCGGGCAACAUGGAAACGAAGAAGAGGAGCAUUAUUACAGAAAAGAAAGAAAACGAGUGCAUGAAGUAUGGCAAUUUAGAAACUCAGAAGGAGAACUCAUUCAUUAAAGACAAAGGAAAUAUUUGCUCCCGCAUUCUAAAACGACAAAAAAUAGUUUUUCGCCUCUAA